GAACUUCUUCCUUGUGUCUCAGUUUAGUUUCAUCAGCCACGAGUUUGGUCGUCUUCGUCACCGCAGUCUGAACCAUGGGAGACCCAGUGACGGACUACACAGCCCGGCUCCAGCAGCAGGAGCAGGAGAUCCAGAGUCUCUCUGCUGAGAUCCACAACUUGAAAACCCCUCAGAACCCGAGUCCGUCUCCACGACUGGACGAGCUGCGAGAGGAAAACAGCCGACUGAAAUAUCGCCUCAACAUCCUGAAGAGGAGUCUCCAGGACGUGUCCCUCAGCACCAAGUCCAUGAUCAACAUCAACCAGCAGCUGCAGCUCAUUUUUGCUGAAGCCAUUCGAGCUUCGUGUCCUGAACUGGACGACGCUCCGCUCGCCGUCACGCCUAACCAGCAGGCCAAGUUUGGAGACUAUCAGUGCAACAGCGCCAUGUCCAUGGCCCAGAUGUUGAAGGCCAAAGGAAUCAAAGUGAAUCCGCGAGAAAUCGCAGAGAAGAUCGUCCUCAAUCUUCCCGACAACGAACUCAUCCAGAAAACUGAGAUCGCAGGACCAGGUUUCAUCAACAUCCACCUGAAGAGGACAUUUGUGUCCAAACUGUUGAGUAACCUGCUGAUGAACGGUGUGCAGCCCCCCCCACUGGCCAACAGGAAGAAGGUGGUCGUGGACUUCUCGUCUCCAAACAUCGCUAAAGAGAUGCAUGUGGGUCACCUGCGUUCAACCAUCAUUGGAGACAGCAUGUGUCGACUGUUUGAGUUCCUGGGCUACGACGUUCUCCGACUGAACCACGUCGGGGACUGGGGGACGCAGUUUGGGAUGUUGAUCGCUCACCUGCAGGAUAAAUUCCCCGACUACCUUACGGCGUCUCCACCCAUCAGUGACCUGCAGGCGUUCUACAAGGAGUCAAAGAAGCGUUUUGACGAGGAGGCGGAGUUUAAGAGACGAGCGUACCAGUGCGUCGUCCGACUGCAGAGCAAAGAACCCGAAUUCAUCAAAGCGUGGAACCUAAUCUGCAAUGUUUCCAGGAGAGAGUUUCAGAAGGUCUACGACUGUCUGAACAUCCACAUCCUGGAGAGAGGAGAGUCUUUCUACCAAGAGCUGAUGACUCAGGUGGUGAAGGAGUUUGAGGAGAGAGGUCUGCUGCAGUGGGACGAGGGACGCAGAAUCGUCUUCUGUCCCGGUCAAUCUGUCCCUCUCACUGUGGUCAAGUCAGAUGGUGGUUUCACCUAUGACACAUCAGAUCUUGCUGCUUUGAGACAACGAAUCUAUGAGGAGAAGGCUGAUGUCAUCAUCUAUGUCACUGACAGUGGACAGGCCUCUCACUUCCAACUGGUGUUCGCUGCGGCUCAGAUGAUUGGCUGGUAUGAUCCUCAGGUGACACGAGUGGAACACGCCGGGUUUGGAGUCGUGCUGGGAGAGGACAAGAAGAAGUUUAAGACGCGGUCAGGAGACACAGUGAGACUGAUGGACCUGCUGGAGGAGGGACUGAAGAGGUCCAUGGACAAACUGAAGGAUAAGGACAGAGACAAGGUGCUGAGUCAUGAUGAGUUGAUCACAGCUCAGAGGUCAGUGGCGUUCGGUUGCAUCAAAUAUGCCGACCUUUGUCACAACCGCAUCAACGACUACGUGUUCUCCUUUGACAAGAUGUUAGACGACCGAGGAAACACGGCGGCGUAUCUACUCUACGCCUUCACACGCAUCAGGUCCAUCGCUCGCCUGGCGAACCUUGACGACACGGUGCUGAAGAGGGCGGCAGAGAGCACCGAGCUUCUUCUGGACCAUGAGAAGGAGUGGAAGCUGGGAAAGUGUAUCCUUCGUUUCCCAGAAAUCCUGCAGAAGAUUCUGGAAGAUCUGCUGCUGCACACGCUCUGCGACUUCCUGUACGAGCUGGCCACCACCUUCACCGAGUUCUAUGACAGCUGCUACUGCGUGGAGAAGGACAGGCAGACGGGUGAGGUGAUAAAGGUAAACAUGUGCAGGAUGUUACUCUGUGAAGCGACGGCGGCCAUAAUGGCUAAAGGCUUUGAGAUCCUGGGCAUCAACCCUGUCCACAGGAUGUGAUGUCACACUGACUGCCGCACACUUCUCCACUUAAUCACAACAUGUGACUAUAAUGAUGACAACUACUGUAAUAAUGAUAAACAGUAAAGAUGAGAAUCAUGUGACAUUUAUAAACUGAUCAUCUCAUGCUUUUUUUAAAUUAAAUUACUAAAGAUGAAGCUCCA